UUGCAUUUUGCAGAAGUGUCGCAAGAUUUGCAGCGACAUCACAUGUGAAGGUAUUUGCGGUAUUUGUCUUUGACACUGUCACUACGCGAGAGUGCGUAGGAUCAUUCACAGUUGUUGGUUUGUGCACGAUUCUUUCGUGUUUGUAAUCAUUCGUCGUUAACGCUGACGCAGUGGAAAACACUCUCCCGAACUCUGAUGAAUAUCUGCUUGAACCUGGAAGCAUAGGUGUCAAUAAGACAGAAUAAGUAACUUUAAUUUCCCUGUUACUUUUUGCACGGUCGGUGAUGCUGAGGCCAGCAGUUACCUUCUAGACGACAGCAAUGGCUCGGACUUCAUCCAUCGUCACCAGUAUUGGAAUCGUUUGUUUCGGAGAUGUUCCUCGGAAGCGAAGUCAUUCUGUGCCUUGCUUUGAUGUCACUCGUCUCUGGAAGCGACACUCUGCCUCCGACAUGCGAUAGCAACAUAUACUGUUAUGGAGAAUUGCUCCACACAGUGCAGAUGGCCUCAAUUUUCUCCGAUUCGAAAACAUUCGUGGAUAUGAAAUUGAAAUAUCCUCCAAAUGAGACGCUCCAACGUUUUGAUGAAAUGAUGAAUCGAACAAAGAAAAAUCCUACACGUUUUGAUAUUGAAGUUUUUCUAAAUGAUACAUUUGAACCAGCUGGCUCUGAAUUUGAGGAGUGGGAUCCAGAAGAUUGGGUUGAGCAUCCUGCAUUUCUUGACAGAAUCCAUGAUCCAGAUUUGCGUGACUGGGCUAGAAAAUUGAAUUUGUUGUGGAAGUUCUUGGGCAGAAAGAUAAGAACUGAUGUGAAAAAUAAUCCUGAUCAUUAUUCAAUUAUAUAUGUGCCAAAUCCUGUAAUUGUCCCUGGAGGGCGAUUCAGAGAGUUCUACUAUUGGGAUUCUUACUGGAUUGUAAGGGGCCUUUUGGUGUCACAGAUGUAUAAUACUGUUAAGGGCAUGUUACAUAAUUUAUUAUCAAUUGUUGACCUUUAUGGAUUUAUUCCAAAUGGUGGCAGAAAAUAUUAUGCUAUGCGCUCACAGCCUCCACUACUUAUUCCUAUGAUAAAAAGUUAUGUUGAUGAGACAAAGGAUAUUGACUUUGUCAAGGAACAUAUUGUCACCAUGGAGAAGGAGUUUCAACAUUGGAUGGUCAAUCACACCAUCAAAAUAGAAAAAGAUGGUGUUCAGUAUAAAUUGGCGAGAUACUUUGAUCUGUCCUCAGGACCUCGACCUGAGUCAUACAGAGAGGAUUACACAAGUGCCCAAAUAUUCAGAACAGCAGAAGAAAAGGAAGCAUUCUAUUCAGAGCUAAAAACUGCUGCUGAAUCGGGUUGGGAUUUUUCAACUAGAUGGUUUAUUUUGAAUGCAACAAAUAAGGGAAAUCUUACAAAUCUUAAAGUGAGGUACAUUAUUCCUGUAGACUUAAAUUCAAUAAUAUUUUGGAAUGCAAAGAUACUUUCUGAUUUUUUUAUGAAUGUUGUUAAUGACGCAGAAAAGUCUAGUAUGUAUGAAGAAAUUGCUGAACAGUGGAAGGAAGCAGUGACCAAAGUUUUAUGGCAUGAGGAAGUUGGUGCUUGGUUGGAUUACGACACAAUCAAUGAGAUCAAGAGAGAUUAUUUCUACCCUUCAAAUCUGGCACCGUUGUGGACAGGCUGCUACUAUCAAAGUGAUAUGACUAGUGAUCGUGUGGCAAAAAUUAUGAAAUACUUGGAGAAAUCGCAAAUUAUGACAAAUCAAGGUGGUAUACCUACGACAAUGGAGCACAGUGGUGAACAGUGGGACUAUCCAAAUGCUUGGCCCCCUCUUCAGUAUAUAAUGAUCAUGGGCCUGAAUGCUACUGGGGAUGACUGGGCGAAAGCACUGGCACUAGAGUUGACAGAGAGGUGGGUACAUUCCAACUACAAAGCUUUUAAUUCAUCAGAAGCAAUGUUCGAAAAGUAUGAUGCAACUGUCCCUGGAGGUUAUGGAGGUGGUGGAGAGUAUGAGGUACAGCUUGGGUUUGGUUGGACAAACGGCAUUAUACUGGAAUUUCUUGAUAAAUAUGGUGACAUACUGCAGCCCGAAGACCAGUUCAACAUACAGGCUGCUAGACUGGCAGGUGUAGGCAUCAUGUCAGCAGCAACAAAUCUUGUUUUAGUCUGUCUUUCAGUGGCAUUUCUGUUAAGUAUAUGAUUUUUCUUUUAGAUUAUUGAAAUUAAUAUGGCCAAAUGUGACAGUAAUGAAUUUUUUUCUCCAAAUUCUGUACAAAGGAAUGUUAGAAGCAUCCAUAAAAAGCCUUGUAGGUUUUAAAAAUGUUGCUACUCUUCCCCCUCAAAUGAGAAUGUUUGUGUCACUUGCGUAUAAGUGUUAAUUUAUUAUUUCUGAAGAUCGUGUGUUCAUCUGUCUUAAAUUAUGUGGAGACUUGUUAAUAUUGUUGGUUUAUGUUUUCCUUUGUCUGUUGUCAGCAGCUAAGAAAUGAGCUAUUUUGCCCUUCAACAAAGUAUUUGUUACAUGUCAAAGGUGAUGUUCACAAUUGCUAUUUGUUGAUUCGAUAAAUCAUAGGUGAUAAGAGUUUAAUUCCUCUUAUGUCCUAUGUCAAACUAUGUUAUUUAUGCCAUUGUUUAACUGGCUCAAAAUUUGUCACCUCUGCUGUUAAUGCUGUGAUGUAGUCAUAAUUUUAAUGUAUCUUGGAAACUGCAGGUCUAAUAGGGCCUACAUACAAAUUCAUGGAAGUUAAAUUUUUGCUGAAAAAUUGAUGCUAAUAAUAAAUCUGAACAGCAUUUGUGGACUAAGUUAGUGUAUUUAUUGUGAUGCCUGUUGGUUUAAUGCAUUCUGAUAAAUAUCUGAGUUAUGUUCAGUUUGGAGGAAAUGAGGAGGUGGCAAAUUGUGAUCAGUAUUAUAUCCCAGUCAUAAGAUGCCCAAUUUUGCCCCAGACUUCUGGUAAAUAGUAUUUCCCAUACCAAACUUGGUUAUUCAAGUGAAAAGGCACAAAAUUGCAAUCUAAAAGCUUCUGUAUCAACCCAAAUAACGGCAUCCUUUUUCCACGCACUCCCACAUGAAGUGAAGCUAGACAAGGCCAUCUGUGAAGAUAAAUGAUAAAGACAGCCUCGCAGAGUUAGAAGUUGACAGAGUAAUACUUGCGGCUGCAGUGUUCUCAGAUUAUGGGAUGCUUGCUGCAUGUGGGAGUAAUAGUGGGAGGGGAGGCAAGGUUAUCAAUAGCACCAGCAUAAUGUCACUUGCUUUAGAUUCAUUGGUUAGUACUGUAGCGUGUGCUUUGUAAAGAAACGGUUUUUUUUCCAUCCUCUCCUGACGAAGUGAAAUAAUAAUUACUUGCCAGUAUUUCAAUAGAUAUUUUUGUGUUAAUGAUUGUUUAUGUACUGUUGCCCUGACAUGAGAAAUGUACCCUUGUGUUCUGACUGUCUGCAGUUUUAUUUAUUUUAUUGCCAGCUGGCAGGUAUUAUCUACUCCCAAAAGACAAGGUGCCUGUAUUUAGCCUCCCGGAGGUAUGUUUUACCCCUCAGCAAUCGUUGCCUUUGAAUAGCAGAGUUUUUAAGUAUUAAUACAGAAGUCGACUGUUUAUGCUGCCGUCAUUAUGCAAGAUUUCUUUUAUGAUGUGUUGUCCUUUCUUUGUACUUAUUUUCCAUGUAAAUAUUUCACAGAUACAUUUCGAGAUGAUGCUCAAAUUAUAUAAUUAUUUAAGAAGAAAAAUUGGGGGUCAAGCUUGCUUGGUAUAGGCAUCAGUUUAUACUUACCUCUAUUCUUCACUCCACUUUUUAUACCAUUAGUUUUGCCUUGAACAAAAUUAAUACCUUAAAAUAUUAAUUAUCACAGAGUUGUUCCAUAUUAGUAUAGGUCUGAAACUGAAAACAGUUGUAUGUAACAUUAUUUUUAUUAAAAAUUUGUGGCAUUAAUUCCUUGUAUGCAUGUGAAUUUCAUGUAUGUGAAAUUCAUAUGGAUACUUCCUUUAUUUAUUUAUUUUUUAAUUAAAAAGAUGGAUGUUAUUUUGAACACCACAUACAGUCAGUUUUAUAAUUUCUUUGUUUGUGUAACUGAAGUUUGAUACAGCGGUAUAGAACACUUUUAGUUCUAAAUAUUUGCAGUCCAUAUAUAAAUGAUCAAAAACAUUACACAAGUGUAUUGCAAGUGAGAAAUAAUGUGAGAUACAAAUUUUACAUUCAAUAAAUGUAUAUUUUUGUGCAAUAUUAAAGUGAAAGUUAUCAAAAUUA